AUGACAAGCCUACCAGAAAGGCCUGCAAAGGCCUUUUCUUGCAUUCGCUGUUUUGAGCGCAAGGUCAAAUGCGACAAAGAGAACCCGUGCUCAAAUUGUGUCAAGUCACGAGUCGAAUGUAUAUUUCGAACUCCUCCAGCCCCACGUCGCCGGAAGAAGCGACCACAAGAAGAAAUUCUGCUUGCGCGACUAAAGCAAUGUGAAGAUUUAUUGAGAAGCAAGGGUAUCGAGGUUGAUACUCCGGAAGCAUCUACUCAGAGUGGUGUGCCAAGUGGCCCGGCCAGCUAUGAUGCGACUGUCCCCAGUCCCGACACAGGCAUGACGGGGCAACGACCACCGACCGAAGUCAUCUUUUUCCCUGGAGCGAAUGCGAAGACUGGUCAGUUGAUCGUCGAUCAAGGCAAAUCACGCUUCAUCGAGAAUAACUUGUGGACCAGCGUUUCGGAAGAGUUCAAACCCAAAGAGGCCAUUGAAUACUCCGAUGAGGACGAGGAUGCCGCCUCUGUCGUCGAAGAGUCGACAGAUUUCUUGCUGGGCAAUACGCCUUCGAGCAAUGCUGCUUCAAUCUCCAAAUUGCACCCCCCACCAGAAAUCAUCAUGAAACUCUGGCAGAUCUUCCUCGACAACAUCAACCCUAUGACGAAAUUAAUCCACCAACCGACUCUACAGCAGACCAUCGUCCAAUACACAUCGCAGCUCGAUAAUCUUCCACGAGGUUUAGAAGCCCUGCUAUUUGCCAUAUACACAACGGCUGUAUUCUCGCUAGACGAUGAAGAGGCCGAUUUCCGUUUGGGUGAGCCUAGAAAGGUGAUGCUUCUGCGUUAUCGACACGCGACCAGGAGUGCGCUGGCCAGAGCAAAGUUCAUGUCUUCUUCUGAGCUUCCAGUCUUGCAGGCAUUCAUGCUCUAUCUCAUCAGCAUGCGCAACGUGUACGACUCUCGUACGCUGUGGACCCUGGCUGGAGUCGCCAGCCGGAUCGCCCAGGGGAUGGGCCUUCAUCGCGACGGAUCGGAUCUUGGAGUUUCGCCGUUCGAGACCGAACUCCGUCGACGACUGUGGUGGCAGAUUUCUAUCUUGGACUUCCGAUCGGCCGAAUUGAGUGGCUCUGGGAGAUUUGGUGAUUUCGGACUAUCCAACACCAAAACACCCACCAAUGCCAACGAUGAAGACCUAUGGCCAGAGAUGAUUACAGCGCCGGUUCAGCAAACGCGGCCUACCGAGAUGAUCACUUGCCUCUUGCGCUGUGAGUUCGGCUCGUUUUGGAAGGAGAAGCUCCAGGAACGAAAGUCCGUCAUCACUUUUGAGGACGUCAAACUGGCGUCUCCGUGGAAAUCCUCACUGGAAGAACGAGACGCCCACAUCAAUGAGCUCGAGCAGAGGCUUGAAGAGAAGUUCCUGAGAUACUGUGACCCCUCGAUCCCCAUCCAAUUCCUCGCAACCAUCAUCGCCCGCGCCGCGGUCAACAGCAUGAGGUUGAUGGCGCAUCAUCCCCGCAAAUACGGCAACGUCGACGACCUUCCACAGUCCGAGCGGGACUACCUUUGGAAGGUGUCUCUCAAACUCAUCGAAUCAGACAAUCUCGCUCACUCGUCGCGAGGACUCAAAAAAUUCAUGUGGCACACGAACGAAUAUUUCCAAUGGCAAGCAUUCGUCCACCUCCUGAACGAGCUCAGGUCUCGAACCCUGGGCGAAGAGGUCGACCUGGUCUGGCAGCAGGUCCAGGAAGUCUUCGACAACCAUCCACACUUCCUCACCGAGCAGAAGAAACCCCUGCACGCCGCGGUCGGCAGCCUGUGUCUCAAGGCGUUUUUCGCGCGCGAGAAAUCUCUCCGCGAGACCACCAACGGCGUCUACCCCAAGACCGUCCCAGAAUACAUUCGAACGCUGCGCGACCAGCGCAUCGCCGCCGCGGCGCGCACCACGAAACCAGAGACCGCAUCCGGCAGCUUCACCUCCCCCAUCACCACGAACUUCAACACCUUCACCAUCAACCCGCCCAACCCGUUCGAGCCCCUCCAAUCCCCGCUCAGCGCGACCGCCUCCCAACAACCACACGUGACCACCAACACCGACAGCGGCGGCGCCUUCGACUACUCGCGCUUCGCGUACCCGAUGAACCCACCGCAGCCUCAGACACAACUGCCCCUCCCCAUGUACCAGCCAUUCCCAUUCCAGGCGCCGUCCCUGGACGGCAGCAACCUGAUGUUCUCGUCGGACCCGGCGCUGGCACAGGAACUCGCCAUGUCGGACAUGCCCAUGGACUGGGCGCAGUGGGACAUGCUCAUGAAGGAUCUGGAGCUCCCGAAAUGA